AUGACGUCGACUUCAGUGCCUGAAACAGGGACGCAGCAGGGGGCAGCGGCGCUGCUACGGCGGCCAUCGCGGAGCGCCGCCACCACGACCUUCUCUUUGGAGGUCUUCGACAAUGAGGUCGUCCCCUCUUCUCUGCAACCUAUCAGCCACAUUCUCCGCGUCGCCACCGAGAUCCAGAACGAGCGUCCUCGCGUUGCCUAUCUCUGCCGGUUCUAUGCGUUUGAGAAGGCGCACAGGUUGGAUCCGAGCUCGAGUGGACGUGGUGUGAGACAGUUCAAAACAGCUCUUCUUCAGCGAUUAGAGCGGAUCAUCGGUCAGUCACCAACUCUGUUGUAG